AUUUUAUUUAUUCAAUCUCUCUCUCUCCUCCAUCUCCGGUAUAACUGGAUUCCGACGACGAUCGUCGCCGGAUUUUCAUCCGCAAAGAGAGAAAUGAAUCAGAAUCUCAUCGCCAGAUCUAGUGAAAUUUGAUUCUGAUAUGAGAUUCGACGGCUCUUCAUUCAUGAAUCCAUAGCAGAUCUACACAACUGAGGUGUCUGAAAUUACGGAUUCUGCGGUUCUUUCUGUGGCUCCGCAAGGGGCUAGUAUUCACGCCGGCUCAUUACUUCCGUGCCGACAUCUCAUAUAGCAUAUGGAUAGGGUAAGAAUUACAGAAAAUGGAAAUUCCGAUUUCAGUUAUCGACAUAAUCCGCUAGAUCAACGAUCGAUGAUUACCGAUCGAUAUGAUAUGGAAGAUAUUUCUUCGUCAUUUUCAUCUCCUUCUCCGUCGAUUCCACCUUUGCCGCCGUCGUGUUCAUCUUCCGGCGGGACUAUAACUGUCGUUUCCGGCGGUGUUCGUUACAUUGUUCAUCGUGUUACGAAGAUGGAUACACUAGCAGGUGUCGCGAUCAAGUAUGGAGUUGAGGUAGCAGACAUAAAGAGGAUAAACGGAUUAGUAACAGACAUACAAAUGUUUGCUCACAAAUCACUUCAUAUACCACUUUCAGGGAGGCACUUACCAUCUCCAAAUCUAUCAAAUGGUUCUGAAAAUAAUGGAUUGAACAAUUCAGAGCAGACUCAUGUUCGUCGAAGGAACUCUGAUCUGUUUGAUUCAUUCCAGGCGCUAAAACUGAAUUAUUCUCCGAAUAAAACAGUAUCCCCAGCCAUGAACAGCUUACAAGGAUAUUAUGGUCUUAAACCAAACAAUCCAUCUGAUGGAUGUGAAAUGUCUGUUUAUAGCAAAGGAAGUUCUUCCUCUUCUACUACUACUACUACCCAUUACAAUCCACCCUUGAGUGUUCAUCGCAAAUCCAAAAGUCUAGCGAAUGGAUUGAACGAAAAUGGGGAAAUUACCAAUGCUGAAACUAAAGAAGGGGAUUCUGAUAAAUGGUGCAUGAAAUUAUUCCGUAGAAGGCAGAAAUCUGAAGCUGAUUUUACAUCAUGGACACCUGAAAAGAUUUUAAAAGAGGAUAAUAGUUCGGGUGGUGGAUUUUCUGCAACAGCAGGUAAAGGAUUGGCCUUAAGAUCAAAACCAGUUAACAGGAACGGAUCGGGAUUUGAUACAGAGAUUGGUAGUUCUUUCGUGAAUAUUACUGAUAGUUUAAGUGGAGUAGUAGGAAAAUCUUCAAGUGGUUCGAGUUUACAAGACCAGGAUUCUAAUGGUUCAUCAUCUUUGUCGUCUAUAUGGUCAACAUCGAAAUGGAGUUUGAAAACGGAUUUGCAAGCUUUUUCUAGUGCAGCAAUUUCUAAACCCAUAUUUGAUGGUUUGCCGAAUCCAAUAACUGGUUGGAAAAACAAGGAAGCUCUUGAUUAGGUAUCAUAUAGAAGGAAAUAUAAAUGUGGAAAGAAGAAAUUGAUAUGGAGUUAUAUUAGCAUGAGAGGAAUUUUGUUACAAAGCAAUGAAAGGUACAUACUAUCUCCCCAAUCUUUUAUAUAAACACAUUUAUAUAUAUUUGUAUGCACACAUUGGUCAAUUCUCUAAGAUUAUUUAUUGGUAUAUUUUUA